CAAUAAUGCUACGUUACGUUGCUGCUGUAACAGCAGGGCUGCUCCUGCUGAAUGCUGUUUCUGUCUGCUGGGGACAAUGCGAUCCAUCUCCAACGUCGGCAUCCGGAUGGAAGGCUCCCGAAGGACCGUACUGCUCGGGCCAGUUGAUUUUCGAGGACAAUUUUGAUUCUCUUGAUCGAUCAGUUUGGGAACACGAAAAUACCGUUGGCGGAGGUGGAAACAGUGAAUUUCAGUGGUACUCAGGAAGCGAUCUUAAUUCGUACAUAAAGGAUGGAAAUCUCGUUCUUAGGCCUACGCUUACUGCCGACGAAUUUGGUGAAGAAUUUCUUACGUCCGGUUCAAUUAAUCUGUGGGAACAAGACGAUUUCAACAGGUGCACUGACGAUCCUGAUUGGGCAGCACAGAUUCAUGGAUGCGUACGGCAAGGUAGCCCGGAAUACAUUCUGAAUCCUGUACGAAGCGCGCGGCUCCGAACGCAUAACUCGUUCGGAUUCAAAUACGGAAAACUGGAGAUCCGUGCGAAACUUCCUGCUGGUGAUUGGCUUUGGCCUGCAUUGUGGUUGAUGCCGAAAUAUUCGGUUUACGGCGGCUGGCCAGCGUCUGGCGAAAUCGACCUGAUGGAAGCUCGCGGUAAUCGUGAUCUCGUGCUGAACAAUGAACACAUCGGAAUCAAACAGACUGGGUCGUGCUUGCACUUUGGACCAAGCUGGGAUUAUCGUGCUGCUUUGUGCAACACCGAGAACCGCGAUGGGUUGCAUACCUUCUUCUACAACUAUCAGUUAAUUUGGACGGAAAACGUGAUCCAGUUCGCGAUCAACGAUCAAGUCUAUCACACCAUCACUCCGUACGAAGGGUUCUGGAGAUUGGGUGGAUUCAACGAAAAUCCUUGGCCUGAGGGUCAACUGAUGGCUCCGUUCGACCAGGAGUUCCACCUGCUGUUGAAUGUAGCGGUUGGUGGAAACUUUUUCCCAGAUGGCGCCUCGAACCCACAUCCGAAACCAUGGUACUACGGAGAGUCAACAGCAAUGACAAGUUUCUGGAAUGCUCGUGGCGACUGGUACAGCACCUGGGGUGAAGAGGCGGCUAUGGAAAUCGACUAUGUCCGUGUUUGGGCUUUGUAAAUGAUCAAUUGAAUAAAUGACGACUGAAACAAACUGAUUUUGGUGGUAACACAUUGAA